GGAUUUAUUCUCGUUCAAUUCACCUUUUCCCCGAUCUAUAAAUUUGGAUUCUUUCCUUCACAAAUUUCCCAAACACAGCCAUAAAUCCAUCCAAAUACCCAACAAACAAGAAUCAGAUUCAUCAUCAACAAUAUGUCAGGAUUCAUCGAGAAAAUUGGUGAGAAGCUCCACAUUGGAGGAGACCACAACAAAGGCGAGCAUCACGAUGGCCACAAAGGCGAGCAUCACGAUGAGCACAAGAAGCACGGGAAAUCAGAGGAGCACCAUGGAGAAGGCCACAAGGAAGGGCUGAUUGAGAAGAUCAAGGACAAGAUCCAUGGCGAUCAUGAUGAGAAAGGUGAGAAGAAGAAGAAGGAGAAGAAGGAGAAGAAGAAGAAGGGUGAGCACCACCACCAUGACGGCGGUCAUAGCAGCAGCGAUAGCGAUAGCGACUGAUCGGAAUCAUUGGAUCUAGAUCCCUUUUGAUGAUCCUGUGCUGUGUCUUUAAUAAGCUUACUCUUUUGGUCUGUUCCUCUGUUUCUCUCUGUUUUUCUUUAUCUUUGAUGUAACCUUUGUGGUGUAUAAUAAAAGAUUAAGAGAUGUUAUCUAACU